AUGGCUGAUUACGAACAUGAUGGAGGAUAUGAUGGUGGAGAUGAUGAACCAGAAGAAGAGGAAUUCGAAGAAUACGUUGAAGAGGCAACAGAGACACAAUACACAGACAUAGUAGAUCCAAAUGCAACAGGUGAUUCUGGUGAGUCUGGAAGAGUACCACCGCACUUGAGAAAGACUACUAGAUACAUGACGAAAUACGAGAGAGCAAGACUUUUAGGUUCGAGAGCACUUCAAAUUAGUAUGAACGCUCCAAUCAUGGUUGAACUCGAAGGUGAAACAGAUCCACUACAGAUUGCAUGGAAAGAGUUGAGAGCUAAGAAGAUUCCUUUAAUUAUUAGAAGAUUUUUACCAAAUGGUGCAUACGAAGAUUGGUCUGUAGAUGAACUCGUUGUAGCUCAAUAA